AUGGAAGUUGGCAAUGAGACUACUGUUACUGCGUUUGUUCUCCUAGGACUAUCCAGCAACUCUCAGAUAGAAGGACUACUCUUUGUGCUAUUCCUCAUAAUUUACCUUUUGACCCUCAUAGGGAACCUGCUGAUAUUGCUAAUUAUCUGUAUUGAUUCCCAGCUCCAUACUCCCAUGUACUUCUUCCUGAGACAUCUUUCCUUCCUGGAUGCUUUCUAUUCCUCAGUCAUUGUGCCUAAACUGCUAGAAAACCUUCUUUCUAAGGAGAAGACAAUAUCCUUCCAUGGAUGCUUUGCCCAGAUUUCCCUGAUCAUAUUUUCAGGGGCCACUGAAGCCUGCCUCCUUUCUGUCAUGGCCUAUGACCGGUUCCAGGCUGUGUGUCACCCGCUGUUGUACGUGGUGACUAUGAACAGGAGGGUCUGUGCUGGCCUGGUGGGUGCAUCCUGGGCCAUCGGAAUGAGUGCCAGCCUAGUUAACACUCUCUUACUAGCUCAGCAGCACCUGUGUGGUCCCAACCUCAUCCGCAAUUUUGCCUGUGAGCUACCUCCAGUGAUCUCGUUGGCCUGUUCUGACCCCUACAGUAGUAUCAUCUCCAUCCUGACUACCAUGGUGGUCCUUGGCCUUGGCACUCUUGUCCUAUUACUGGGUUCCUACAGCCGUGUCAUCAUGACAGCCCUGGGGAUCAACUCUGCCACGGGUCGGGGCAAGAUCUUCUCCACCUGCUCUUCUCAUGUCCUUGUGGUCAUCAUCUUUUAUGGUUCAGGAAUUUCCAGGUACAUGACUCCAGCUCCUGGCUCAGCGUUGGAGCAAGUGUUAUCCAUGCAGUACAGUGUGGUGACCCCCCUGCUCAACCCCUUCAUCUACAGCCUGAAAAACAAGGAGGUGAAGGCAGCUCUGAGGAGAGUGCUGGCCAGAAAGUCCAGGCUGAUCUUCUAA